GCCCAGCUGAAGCCCAGGGACUCCUCUGUAGAGGUUCGGAGUGACUGGGAGGUGAAGGAGGAGAUGGACUUCCCCAGACUGAUGAAGAUGAGAUACAUGGAGUGCUGCGGCGCCCUGGAGUACUACGACAAGGCCUUCGACCGCAUCACCACCCGCAACGAGAAGCAGCUGAAGAGCAUCAAGAGGAUCUUCCACACCGUGACCACCACCGACGACCCCGUCAUCAGAAAGCUGGCCAAGACGCAGGGCAACGUGUUCGCCACGGACGCCAUCUUGGCCACCCUGAUGUGCUGCACGCGCUCGGUCAACUCCUGGGACAUCAUCGUGCAGAGAGUGGGCAACAAGCUCGAGACGGCCAACGAGCCCCCCCAGGACGAGGGCAACUCCUUCAACUCGCCCCGAAACCUGGCCAUGGAGGCCACGUACAUCAACCACAACUUCAGCCAGCAGUGUUUACGAAUGGGCGCCGAGCGCUACAAGUUUCCCACCUCUAACCCGUUCGUGGAGGAAGACAUGGACAAGAGUGAGGUGGCGUCUGUGGCCUACAGGUACCGCCACUGGAAGCUCGGGGAGGACAUCGACCUGAUUGUCCGCUGCGAGCACGACGGCGUGAUGACCGGCGCCAACGGAGAGGUUUCCUUCAUCAACGUCAAGACCCUGAACGAGUGGGACUCCCGGUACUGCAACGGCGUGGACUGGCGCCAGAAGCUGGACUCCCAGAGGGGCGCCGUCCUGGCCACCGAACUGAAGAACAACAGCUACAAACUGGCCCGCUGGACCUGCUGCGCCAUGCUGGCCGGAUCCGAGUACCUGAAGCUGGGCCAGAUCAACCUGAGCAUGGAGAACGCCUGGGGCAUCCUGCGCUGCGUCAUCGACAUCUGCCGCAAGCUGGACGAGGGCAAGUACCUCAUCCUCAAGGACCCCAACAAGGUGAGCGCCCCUCCCCCUUACGAGAAGCAUCUGGCUGCAUCCCGCCCACAUCAGUUGUUCAACAUUCUGAUAGCUAAGGGGCGGGAAAAUGAACCAGUCGUCAGUGGUGUGCCAGCGGGUGCCCAAAAACGUUUCGACCGUUCAAACACCAUACGUCCUAACCGCUGCUCCGACGAGGAAGAGGAGGAGGAGGAAGACGAAGAGGACGAGGAGGAAGAAGACGAAGAGAGCUGA